UGGCCAGCACAGAAGUGAAGAUGAAGUUACAAGAGUUUGUCCUCAAUAAAAAGAAGGCCCUGGCCCACCGGAACCUGAACCACUGCAUUUCCAGUGACCCUCGCUACUGGUACGGGAAAACACAGCACAGUUCCCUUGACCAGAGUUCUCCUCCCCAGAGUGGAGUGUCGGCCUCUUACAACCACCCAGUCCUGGGAAUGUACGACGCCAAAGAUGACUUCCCUCUUAGGAAGACAGCUUCUGAACCCAAUCUGAAGUUGCGAUCCAGGCUAAAGCAGAAAGUGGCUGAAAGGCGGAGCAGCCCCCUGUUACGCAGAAAAGAUGGGCCCGUGGUCACUGCUCUGAAGAAGCGUCCGUUGGAUGUCACAGACUCCGCAUGCAGCAGUGCCCCAGGCUCUGGGCCCAGCUCGCCCAACAACAGCUCCGGGAAUGUCAGUGCCGAGAACGGGAUAGCACCUGCGGUCCCCAGCAUCCCAGCCGAGGCGAGUUUGGCGCAUAGACUUGUGACACGAGAAGGCUCGGUGGCUCCACUCCCUCUCUACACGUCGCCGUCCUUGCCCAACAUCACUCUGGGACUACCAGCCACCGGCCCUUCCACUGGCACGUCCGGCCAGCAGGACGCCGAGAGGCUUGCCCUCCCCGCCCUCCAGCAGAGGAUCUCCCUUUUCCCCGGCACCCACCUCACUCCCUACCUGAGCACGUCACCCCUGGAGCGGGACGGUGGCACGGCGCACAACCCUCUUCUGCAGCACAUGGUCUUACUGGAGCAGCCGCCAGCACAGACACCCCUCGUCACAGGCCUGGGAGCACUGCCCCUCCAUGCACAGUCCCUGGUUGGUGCCGACCGGGUGUCCCCAUCCAUCCACAAGCUGCGGCAGCACCGCCCGCUGGGGCGCACCCAGUCAGCCCCACUGCCCCAGAACGCCCAGGCCCUGCAGCACCUGGUGAUCCAGCAACAGCAUCAGCAGUUUCUGGAGAAACACAAGCAACAGUUCCAGCAGCAGCAACUGCACAUGAACAAGAUGAUCCCCAAACCAAGUGAGCCAGCCCGGCAGCCUGAGAGCCACCCAGAGGAGACUGAGGAGGAGCUCCGGGAGCACCAGGCUCUGCUGGAUGAGCCAUACCUGGACCGGCUCUCAGGGCAGAAGGAGACGCAUGCACUGGCUGGCGUGCAAGUUAAACAGGAGCCCAUUGAGAGUGACGAUGAGGAGGUAGAGCCCCCGCGGGAGGUGGAGCCAGGCCAGCGCCAGCCAACGGAGCAGGAACUGCUCUUCAGACAGCAAGCCCUCUUGCUGGAGCAGCAGCGGAUCCACCAGCUGAGGAACUACCAGGCGUCCAUGGAGGCUGCCGGCAUUCCCGUGUCUUUUGGCGGCCACAGGCCUCUGUCCCGGGCACAGUCCUCCCCAGCAUCCGCCACCUUCCCCGUGUCUGUGCAGGAGCCCCCCACCAAGCCACGGUUCACGACAGGCCUGGUGUAUGACACGCUGAUGCUGAAGCACCAGUGUACUUGUGGGAACACCAACAGCCACCCCGAGCACGCCGGGAGGAUCCAGAGCAUCUGGUCCCGCCUGCAGGAGACCGGCCUCCGGGGCAAGUGUGAGUGCAUCCGCGGACGGAAGGCCACUCUAGAGGAGUUGCAGACGGUGCAUUCAGAAGCUCACACGCUCCUCUAUGGCACAAACCCCCUCAACAGGCAGAAACUGGACAGUAAGAAACUUCUAGGCUCACUAACCUCGGUGUUUGUCAGACUUCCUUGUGGUGGUGUUGGGGUGGACAGUGACACCAUAUGGAACGAGGUGCAUUCAUCAGGAGCGGCCCGCUUGGCCGUGGGCUGCGUGGUGGAGCUGGUCUUCAAGGUGGCCACAGGGGAGCUGAAGAAUGGCUUUGCUGUGGUCCGCCCCCCAGGACAUCACGCUGAGGAGAGCACACCCAUGGGCUUUUGCUACUUCAAUUCUGUAGCCGUGGCUGCCAAGCUCCUCCAGCAGAGGUUGAACGUGAGCAAGAUCCUCAUAGUGGACUGGGACGUGCACCAUGGAAAUGGGACCCAGCAAGCGUUCUACAGCGACCCCAGUGUCCUAUACGUGUCACUACACCGCUACGACGAUGGGAACUUCUUCCCGGGCAGCGGGGCGCCUGACGAGGUGGGCACAGGGCCAGGCGUGGGCUUCAAUGUCAACAUGGCUUUCACUGGCGGCCUCGACCCCCCCAUGGGAGACACCGAGUACCUGGCAGCCUUCAGAACGGUGGUCAUGCCCAUCGCCAAUGAGUUUGCCCCGGACGUGGUUCUGGUGUCAUCAGGCUUCGACGCUGUAGAGGGCCACCCCACACCUCUCGGAGGCUACAAUCUCUCUGCCAAAUGUUUCGGGUACCUGACGAAGCAGCUGAUGGGCCUGGCUGGUGGCCGGAUUGUUCUGGCCCUUGAGGGAGGCCACGACCUGACCGCCAUUUGUGACGCCUCUGAAGCCUGUGUUUCUGCUUUGCUGGGAAAUGAGCUUGAUCCUCUCCCAGAAAAGAUUUUACAGCAAAGACCCAAUGCUAACGCUGUCCGGUCCAUGGAGAAGGUCGUGGAAAUCCACAGCAAGUACUGGCGUUGCCUGCAGCGGGCAGCCUCCACAGCAGGGCAUUCUCUGAUUGAAGCUCAGAAGUGUGAGAACGAAGAAGCUGAGACGGUCACUGCCAUGGCCUCACUGUCUGUGGGCGUGAAGCCUGCUGAGAAGAGACCAGAUGAGGAGCCCAUGGAAGAGGAGCCGCCCCUGUAGCAUCUCCGAAGCUGCUGUUCUCUUGUCUGUCUGUCUCUGUCUUGAAGCUCAGCCAAGAAACUUUCCUGUGUCACGCCUGCGUCCCACCGCAGGGCUCUCUGGGAGUGCCCAGGGACACCUGGCGUGCAGCAGCCACAGGAAGCCUUUCUGCCGCCCGGGUCCACAGGUCUGGAGAUGCACAUGCACACCCCGGGCGUGGCAGCCUCACAUGGAACACGGGACAGACGCCGGCGACGCGCAGGCACACGGACACGCGGAAGCCAAGCACACUCUUGCGGGUCCCAUGAGGGAUACCGCAGAAGAAAAGCCUGUGGCAACUGGUGGCAGAGCUGCUGCAUUUAGUUGACACGAGGAAAAGAAAAUGAAAAUCAAAGAUCUAAUAAUACAAAACAAACUUGAUUAAAACUGGUGCUUAAAGUUUGAUUAUAACCCACAAUUCCACAGUCUCCGUGUAAACCACUCAACUCAUCUUGUAGCUUGUUUUUUUUUAAAAAGAGGACGAUUUCUUUGGCUCAGGCCUGCCUCUGUGAACCAUAGCAGUGUAUGGUAGGGGGUCUGCACCCGGGUGGGGGACAGAAUGGAUGAACCUUUAAAAAACUGGACAAAAACAGGAAUAUGAGCCUGGGGGAGUCGGCUUGAGUUUCUCAAAGCCAUCGGAAGAUGCGAGUUUGUGCCUUUUUUUUAUUGCUCUGGUGGAUUUUUGUGGCUGGGUUUUCUGAAGUCUGAGGAACAAUGCCUUAAGAAAAAUAAACAGCAGGAAUUGGUGGGACAGUUUCCUGUGGCUGACUGAGUCUGGCGGUGCCCAACUCCGUGAGCUGGCUUGGUGCUCCUGGUGCGGGCACCGGUGGCCGCCUCCGGGGCUAGGGGCUGCAGCCUGGCAGUCCUUGUUUUGCUUUAUUGCUGUUUAAGAAAAAUGGAGGUAGUUCCAAAAAAAGUGGCAAAUACUGUUGGGGAUUUUGAAGUCCAACAAAUUUUAAAUGAAUCCAAAGUGUUCUUUUCUCAUACGUCACAUAACAAUGAGCAUCUCCAUUUGGUUGUAAAGCAUGUCGUAGGCACACUUGCAGUGUUACGAUCGGAAUGCUUUUUAUUAAAAGCAAGUAGCAUGAAGUAUUGCUUAAAUUUUAGGUAUAAAUAAAUAUAUAUAUGUAUAAUAUAUAUUCCAAUGUAUUCCAAGCUAAGAAACUUGAUUCUUAUGAAAUCUUGAUAAAAUAUUUAUAAUGCAUUUAUAGAAAAAGUAUAUAUAUAUAUAUAUAUAAAAUAAAUGCAGAUUGUGGAGGUCCCUGCAAAUGGAUGACUUGUGAAUUAGCUCUAAAGGUGCUUCUGGAAAGGGAUCUUGAUUGAAAUUUGUGUAUUUUUGAGCUCCAGAUUGGCUAGCUUUCAGAUCGCCAACACAUUCGCCACUGGGCAACUACCCUACAAGUUUGUACUUUAAUUUUAAUUAUUUUCUAACAGAACCCCUUUCCUCCCCAAGCCUCCAUGCACAUAUGUACCUAAUGAGUUUUUAUAGCAAAGAGUAUAAAUUUGCUGUUGAUUUUUGUAUGAAUUUUUCACAAAAAAAAGAUCCUGAAUAAGCAUUGUUUUGUGAAUUUCACAUUUUUCCUCACCAUUUAGCAAUUUUCUGAAUGGUAACAAUGUCUAACUCUUUUUCCUUUCCGAAUUCUUGCUUGUACAUUUUUUUUUAACUUUCAAAGCUUUAUUAUUUUUGUUUUUGUUUAUUUUUGUACAGUGAGCAGUUCUCUGCAGCGUACGGAGUUGUUGCUGUCAGAGUUUAUUUUCAAAAAGUGAGAAGAGAGGGACCUUAGGUCUUCUCAGAGUGACGAUCAUCGACUGUGUCUUUCCUAGUCUGUUCCAGGAGCUGUAUACAGACGCCGAGGGGCUCGUCUUACCUUCAACACUAGUAGUAUUACAAGGGGGUGGUGUAUUUUCUCCUCCAUGGCCAGUGCGGGGAGAGCUGUGCAGACAGCCACCCUAGGAGGCUUUCCAGACACCGUGGGCAGUGAGCAUUAAUGAAACUCAUGUUUAAACUUAUCUGACCACAUUGUCAGCAUAGAAUUCUAACUUCAGUUUUCCAAAGACCUUGUAAGCAUGUCAGCAAUGCAUGGGGCACGCCUGGGGCUCUUCACCCACUUGGGUUUUUCUGCUGCAGCCACAUGGCCAGGGCUCUGGCCAGAAGUGGCCGGCCCUGGAUUUUGGAGCCUGUGUCUGCCAGAACCCAGGAGCCCAUGCUGCCUGGUGAGCCUGCAGGGAGAGUACUGAUUCCUGUCCAGGACAGCCAGUCUUCACUCUUUUUCUCUUCAACAGUAACUGACAGUCACUUUUUACUGGUAACUUCUUUUCCAGCACAUGAAGCCACCAAUUUCAUUCCAAAGCAUAUCGGGUUCAGACUUGUGGACAGAAGUUCAGACACACCAUGCUCAGAAGGGACCCCGAGCCAAAUUUCUGAGUUUGGUAAAGUUUACAGGGUAGCUUCUGAAGGAGACACUAAGUCAGUCAGAUUUUUGACCAAAUGAGUGCAAAUUCUUGGAUUCACUUGGUUGUUGGGCUGCUGUCGGUCAGCUCUGAGACAGUGGUUUGAAAGCAGGACAGAAAGGUCUUGGGACUUGUUUGAUUUUUCUCCUCCCUUGUGGCCACUCUUUGCUCCGAAGCCCAGUUUGGCAAGAGGAGCUGGCACAUAGAAGCCGACUUGGCCUUUUGCCCCUUCACGGCACAGAGCAGUCGCAGGGCCCCGCUGGCUGACUCUUCCGGCCUCUUCGGCCCCACUCUCCGUAUGGCCCGGGGGACCCAGGCACCUGCUGUCUUACCCAGCCAUGGCUCGUGGGGAGGAACACAUCAUCUCACUUUUUUUUACAGAUGAUGGGAUAACAUGGACCACUCAGUGGCCUGGUUAUCAUUGGAAGGAUUUGGUUCUAAUCUCAGUCAGAUGGAGACGUCCUCUGCGUAAAGGCCUUGUGGGAGGAGGCGUAUUUCAUUUGUCAGCUCACUCCAGCUUCACAGACGUGCUGAAAGCAUUACCGUGUAGCCUUUUCUUUGAAGACACACUCAGCCCUUCUCCACGGCCAGCAUCCAGGGCAGAUGGCGGAGGGUCUGCCUCAGCGUCUGUGGGCAGGACCACAUCAGUGAGGGUUCUUUCACGUGCUUUCCCUCUUUGGUCCUUGAACCUUCAGCCUUUAUCUUCCUUUGCAAAGGCCUUGGGGGACACUGGCCGGGGAGUCAGCAAGCAAGCACUUUAUAUCCCUUUGAGGGAAACCCCAAUGACGCCACCGGGCCUCGUGGCGUCCACCCUGCCCUCACGGUUCCAGCCACGCCACGACGUGCCCACGCCCCACCAGCAGGUGGCCAUCCCAGAGGCCACGCCCACUGGGACUGGCCCCACCUCCCGGUGUCCCAGGGCUCCAGUUCGGGAGGACCAUUUUGUCAAAGUGUUUCAGUUUUUCUUUACUUUUAAAAACCUGUUUCCAAGAGGAAGGACCAUUUGUAACGGUCUGACACAAAAGCAAGUUUGAUUUUUGCAGCACUAGCAAUGAACUUUCUUGUUUUUAUUUUCGAUCAGAACAUUCCUUCUUUCCUGGUCACAGCCAUGUGCUCAUUCCAUUCUUCUUUUUGUAGACUUUGGGCCCACGUGUUUUAUGGGCAUUGAUACAUAUAUAAAUAUAUAGAUAUAAAUAUAUAUGAAUAUAUUUUUUUAAGUUUCCUACACCUGGAGGUUGCAUGGACUGUACGACCGGCAUGUCUUUAUAUUGUAUACAGAUUUUGCACGCCAAACUCGGCAGCUUUGGGGAGAAGAAAAAUGCCUUUUUGUUCCCUUCUCACGAUUUGCAGAUACAAAAGAUGGAGAUUUUUCGGUAAAGCAAAACCUUGAAGGAAAGAAGGGGGGGAGGUUUGCGUCUUAUUGAACUUAUUCUUAAGAAAUUGUACUUUUUAUUGUAAGAAAAAUAAAAACGACUACUUAAACAUUUGUCAUAUUAAGAAAAAGAAGUUUAUCUAGCACUUGUGACAUACCAAUAAUAGAGUUUAUUGUAUUUAUGUGGAAACAGUGUUUUAGGGAAACUACGCAGAAUUCAAAGUGAACUGCCUGUCUCUCUUGAGUUGAUUUGGAGGAAUUUUGUUUUGUUUUGUUCUGUUUGUUUCCUUUUAUCUCCUUCCACGGGCCAGGCGAGCGCCGCCUGCUGGCCCUGGCCUUGUGACCGUUGAUUCUGGUUGAGAACCGGGCGGGCUCUCGAGAGUCCCGUUUUCCGCACAGAUGUGUUGACUUUUUUAAUUACUUUUAGAUGAUGUAUGGCUAAGAUUUCACUUUCAGCAGUCGUGAACUGUGCGAGCACUGUGGUUUAAAAUUAUACUUUGCAUCGAAAGGAAACCAUUUCUUUAUUGUAAUGAAGCCGAGCCUGUUCUCAGCUCAGCCUCACUUUGUCUCUGACAUUGAUUAAAAGUCUAUUGAAAGAAAAUGAAAGCGAACAGUGUGUUUGUUGAUUGGAUGGUGUGUGCUCCAUUGUGGAGACACCAUUUUCCAAUAUGUAAGAAUAACAAACAUAUAAUAUAUAUAUACAUACAUAUCUAUAAGGGGGCUUGAACCUUAUGCACCCAAGAGCUUAUUGUGAACGUGUGGUAGAAAACAGUGGUGGCGACCCUGUGUUCUCCUGACGUCUGUUCAGGCCUAGCAUGGGAUCCACGCUGGUAGCGACCACCAGUUUCUUCUGUAAUUCAGUCUGUUCUCUCUUUGAUUGUCUGGAGUUUCCCCAUGAUUCUUUCUUUUGUUCAGUGGAGUUGGAGUUUUGUGUUUGGUUUUCUCAUCCUUGUUUUGUUUCAUGUGGUUGAGUUUUCACUGACCAACGGAAUCCUCUUAUGGUCAACCUCUCUUUCCGCCUCACCGGAGUCCAGUAUUCUGUACCACAUCAUAUGACUUGUUACUCUUGUGGUGUAAAUAAAGACUGCAUUAAUUGCCCUCCUA